UCAGAAUGCUAACAACCAGUGGGUAUCCGAAUGGAUCCUUACGAUCCUCACUUGAUGAUUCACCUCAGGAUCCGGAGGAGUCGGAGACCUUCCUGCUUGGAAUGGUUACUGGGGAUGGGUUAGGAAAGAUGUUCAAUGCUCGAUACCGUAACAUAAAGGAGAAAAAAGCGGCAAAAAUGACCUACCGAGCAAUGAUAUAUAAUUGUCUAGAACGCCCGACUGGCUGGAAGUGCUUUUUGUAUCAUUUUAGUGUAUUCUUGAUUGUUCUGAUAUGUCUUAUAUUAUCAGUUUUAUCAACUGUCGAGGAGCAUAGUCAUUUUGCCGCUGAGCUACUUUACAUCUUGGAAAUAGUGCUUGUAGUCUUUUUCUCCGUCGAAUUUAUCGUCCGACUAUGGUCCGCCGGGUGCCGAUCUAAAUACAUUGGUGUCUACGGCCGCCUGAAGUUUGUGAGGAAGCCGAUAACGCUGAUUGAUUUGGUGGUCGUCAUCUGCAGCUUAUUCGUGAUAUGCUUCGGCACGGAGGGCCAAGUUUUUGCGGCAAGCGCGAUGCGGGGGAUACGGUUUCUGCAGAUUCUGAGGAUGCUCCACGUCGAUCGGCAGGGUGGCACAUGGCGUCUCCUCGGCUCGGUAGUCUUCAUCCAUCGCCAGGAGCUCAUCACAACUCUCUACAUCGGAUUCCUCGGCCUUAUCUUCUCCAGUUACUUUGUCUACCUGGCCGAGAAGGAUCAUAUCGGAGUAGACGGCCGUCAAGCGUUCACAAGCUAUGCAGACGCGCUCUGGUGGGGUGUAAUAACCAUGACAACUAUCGGCUACGGUGAUGUUGUACCCCAGACAUGGCUGGGAAGGAUCGUAGCAUCCUGUUUCUCGAUUUUCGCGAUCAGCUUCUUCGCAUUGCCCGCUGGAAUUUUGGGAUCCGGAUUCGCGCUGAAGGUUCAGCAGAAGCAGCGGCAAAAGCAUUUUAAUCGGCAAAUUCCUGCGGCAGCAACACUUAUUCAGUGCCUGUGGAGGUGUCAUGCUGCGGAGAAGAAGGUGUCCGCCACGUGGAAUGCACACAUUGAUCCGUUGGCUCAUGAGACUAAGGAGACGCAUCAUUGGAAUGGGAAGAAGCAUGCUUCAUCUAUGGAUAGCAAUAAUUUGACACGGAAGAGGCAGUUGUUUAAGAAACAAUCAAGCCUAGUAAACACGUUCCGCCGAAAAGGCUCCCCAUCAACCGACGUCGAAAUGGGAGAGCUCCAACAAGAACGGCUACUUCGACACGAGCGGAACUCGGAUACCGACGACGAAAAGCGGAUCUACCGAGUCGGCGCGGAUAUAGAAAUCGAUUAUGAGACCGAGGAGCCGACGACUCCGACAAGGCCUCAAGGGCAUAUCAGUCACGUUUGUGAGCUCACAGAUGCUCAUCGAAACGCGAUUCGGGCGAUUCGACGGGUUAAGUAUUUUGUGGCGAGGAGAAGAUUCCAGCAGGCACGGAAACCGUAUGAUGUACGGGAUGUCAUUGAGCAGUACUCUCAGGGGCAUUUGAAUAUGAUGGUUAGGAUUAAGGAACUGCAGAGGAGACUCGACCAAACCCUCGGAAAACCGGGUCAGUACGACGGGAAAGGGUCGCGGAAGGGACAUCCUGUGACAAUUGGUUCCAGACUGUCGCGUCUCGAAUUACAGAUGUCAAGCCUCGACCGAAAAGUGGAGUCUAGUAACCGAACACUGAACGCUCUCUAUCGCCUAAUGGCCGACCGGAACUCGCUGACGAUAUCUCCAUCACCGCCGGCACUGAUAAGUAGGCCAGUGUCGCCUGCCGCCUGCCUAUCACCACGAGAUCAACUCUCGCCGACAAGCAUCAGCAGUCAAAGAUCCGGAUCACCGGGCUGGCAGUAAUGUGUAUCGAUUGAUUUUAGGGGGCAUAAUUGUGGCCAAGGUUUUUCACGACCACGACGCAUCAACAGCGGGUAUUUUUCAUUGAUUCUUUUCAUUUUCUCUUACUGUGGUUCAAACAUUUCUGGUUUUGUAUUCAAAAAAAAAUUUCAAGAC